AUGAUUCAAACGGCAGCACCAGGUGAAUUUACUCAUCGCUGUGCUAAAGUAUCAUUUGAUUCAAUCUAUAAGAUAACUGAAGAUCUUUGUCGUGGUCGUUUUUCAUUAGUUAAAAAAUGUAUUAAAAAAGAUACAUCGGAUCAAUUUUUUGCAGCAAAAAUAAUCAAAAAACGUCAUUUGCAACAAGCACUCAAUGAAUUACGUAUAUUUCAAUUAUCGUAUAAACAUCCGAAUUUUGUAAAAUUUUAUCAAGUAUUUGAUUUACCAACUGAAGCUAUUUUUAUUCUUGAAUAUGCAAAACAAGGUGAUUUACAAUUAGUUCUUGAAUUAGAAGGUUAUUUAGAAGAAUCACAAGCAAUACAUAUUAUGAAACAAAUACUUGAAGCUGUAGCAUUUCUUCAUGAGAAUAAAAUUGUUCAUCUUGAUAUUAAGCCACAAAAUAUUCUUCUUAUGGAAAAAUGGCCAAGUACGCAAAUAAAACUAUGUGAUUUUGGUCUAUCUCGUGUAUUAACUAAUCAAUGUCUAUUAGAAAUGUCGGGCACAACAGAUUUUCUUGCACCUGAAGUAGUCAAUUAUGAACCAUUAACAUAUGCUACUGACAUGUGGAAUAUUGGUGUUUUGAUUUAUGUACUUGUUACUGGUCAUACACCAUUUGGUGGUACAACUAAAUUGAAUACACAAAGUAAUAUAUCACAAUGUGUACUGGAUUUUCCAGAGGAUUUAUUUGAAAAAAUAUCAAAGAAAUGUAUUGAUCUUAUAAAAAAAUUAAUUGUUCGAAUACCAAAACAUCGAGUAACUGCGAAUGUAUCACUUAAACAUCCAUGGAUAUGUUUGAAUGAAGAAACAAUAUUAAAAAAUUCAAUUGAUGAUGAAGAUGAAGAUGAUGAUAAUAGCACACUACUCUCAACAAAUAAUAAUCAAUAUGAAAAUAACGAUGAAGACAAUAAUUAA